AUGCCCCCCACCAAACUCCUCCUCCCCCUCCUAGCAACCCUAACAACAGCCCAAACCUUCACCGAAUCCAUCGCCCCCUCCCUAACCGCCGCAAAUGGCACCCAAAUCCCCAACCCAACCCUCCUCGCCACGACCCUCGCCAUCAACGUCGAAGACUACUGGAACCUCCGCAUUGGCCCCGUGCAAGAAGCCGCAACCACGACGACCGUCUCACCCACGCCGAUUCCCUCGACAGAAUUGAUCCCACCUCCGCCGUUGUAUUAUGCGCCGUUCCCGACGGGCCAGCAGGUUUUCCAGACGCCUAAGAAUGAGAGUUGGUCGUUUCCGAAGGACUUUUGGUGGGGUGUUGCUGGGGCGGCGCAGCAGAUUGAGGGGGGUGUGAAGGCUGAGGGGAGAGGCCCCUCAAUCUGGGACAAACUCCCCCACGUCCCCAACUACGUCGUCAACAACUACACCUCUGACGUCGCAGACAACAACUACUACCUCUACAAGCAAGACAUCGCGCGGAUCGCCGCUCUGGGCGUCAAAGUCUACAGCUUCAGUCUGAGCUGGUCAAGGAUCCUACCAUUCGGUAAAGGACCUGUCAAUCAACUGGCGAUCGACCACUAUAAUGACUUGAUCGAUACGUGCAUUGAGUAUGGGGUUACUCCUAUGAUCACCCUCUACCACUGGGACCUCCCGCUCUACCUCCAAGACACCUACGGCGGCUGGCUCUCGCCCUCCAUCGUCGCCGACUUCGUCGCCUACGCCCGCAUAGCCUACACCGCCUUCGGUGAUCGUGUCUCCCACUGGUUCACCGUCAACGAGCCGAUCGUCUUCUGCGGUUUCUACCCUCUCCCCACCCAACACUUCCCCAACUUCACAAUCCCCAACCUGCACCAACGGUACUGGUGCGGGCACCACGUGCUCCUCGCGCACGCCCAGGCCUACCACCUGGGCAAGGCCCUCCUCGGCGCCAACUCGACCAUCGCCCUCAAACACAACGGCGGCUACAAGAUCCCGCUGACGAACUCGAGCGCCGACGCGGAGGCCGUGCAGCGCGCCUGGGAUUUCAAUGAGGGGUGGUUCUCCGAUCCGGUGUUUUUGACGGGGGAUUAUCCGGUCAGUUUGAAGGCUUUCGUGAGGGGGUUCUUGCCGGAGUUCUCGGACGAGGAGAAGGGGAUGAUUAAUGGGAGUGCGGAUAUCUAUGCGCAUGAUGCGUAUACGGCGCAGUUCUACUUUGCGCCUGAGGAGGGGAUCGAGGCGUGUGUGCAGAACCCAUCAAAUCCUCUGUAUCCGACUUGCGCCAACACAUCCUACACCUACGCCCCCACCUCAGGCUCCUGGCUCAUCGGCCCCGCCGCCGACCCCGGCUCCCCCUGGCUGCACACCGCAACCCCCUACCUCCCGUCCUUCCUCCACUACAUGCAAUCGACCUGGAAACCCCGCGGUGGCAUCGCCAUAACCGAAUUCGGCUUCGCGGAACCCUUCGAGUCCCGCAAAACCCUCCUACAAGAUAUCCUCUACGACCCCGUGCGCUCCGCGUAUUAUCGGAGUUAUAUGGAGGGCGUGCUGGCGGCGAUGAGUGAGGGCGUGAGGGUGGUGGGGACGUUGGCGUGGAGUUUUGUGGAUAAUUAUGAGUGGGCCCAAGGCUACUCCGUGACCUUCGGCAUGCAGUACGUCAAUUUCAGCGAUCCGGCUUUGCCGCGCAGGUUCAAGGCGUCGUUUUUCGAGUAUGUGAAUGUCUUUGAGGUCUACCAAGAGAAAUGA